AUGCUUUGUGACAGCCAUCUCCAGGAGAUGGGACUGGAAGAAAGAGGCCAUGGAAUCUACAGCCAGGUAUUUGCUGAUUUAACUCCGGAAGAGAUCAUGGAAGUGAAGAUCUACCUGCAAUACAACCUGGGGGUGCCAUUGGUAGAACCUCCUCAAGCCAAGCCAUCGGACAACUGCAUUUUUUCUAUCACCCUUCAGCUUCCUCCCAAAGCCGAAGUGCUGCAAUUCUUGGACCACCAAGGGACCUGGCCCUCGCGGCAAGCUCUGGCUGUACUCCAUUUUGGAAACCAGGAGGACCCAAAUGUCACAGAGUUUGUGGUAGGUCCUCUUCCAAAGCCAACGUACCACCAAGAUGUCACAGUGCAGAAGUAUGGAGGGAAGUUGCCUUACUACAAAAGGUUUUUCUUAAACAAUGAGUUCAAAGAAAUCCUUAAUUUCCUGAGGAACAAGGAAUACCCCAAGGCUCCAAACUUUAUGCAGAAAGUACUAUAUUACAAUGGAAGCAAUCUCACAAACUUCCCUGGAUUACCACCUGGAUUAAAAUCAGGAGACCGGAGAAUGUGGGUUAAUCAUUUCCAGAAUGUCCCUGGCAGUUAUCUGCAUCCGGUUGGAUUCGACAUCCAGGUAGAUUUCAGCAGCCUAGACGUUUCUCAUUGGAAGGUGCUAAAAGUCUUCUAUAAUGGACAGUACUUUGAGGACAUGGAAGAUAUUGAGAGACAGUUCAUUACGGGACAUGUUAAAGUAGCCAAGGUCAAAAAGGCUCCUUUGGAUGGAGGCUAUUCCUCACUGAAGCAGAGGGUUCCCCACCAGAGACUAGGCCCCUUGCACUAUGAACCUCGUGGUCCCCGCUACCGCAUCUGGAAUAACCAGGUUUUCUUCAUGUCCUGGAGUUUUGCCUUUGGCAUAGAUGCCAAUAGGGGGCCACACAUCUUUGAUGUAAGGUUUAAGGGUGAGAGGAUAGUUUAUGAGUUAAGCUUGCAAGAUGCAUCUGCCAUCUAUGGCUCUAACACUCCAGCGGCAAUGUUGAACAGAUUAAUGGACCUAAGCUUUGGCCUUGGUUUAACUGGCUCUACUCUCACCCAGGGUGUGGAUUGUCCUUACCUGGCUACUUAUUUGGACAGGCACUAUUUUCUUGAUUCCUCGUUGCCUGUCACUCGCAAAAACUCUAUCUGCAUCUUUGAGCAGAAUGCUGAGGUCCCUGUGCGACGCCAUUAUGACCGCUCAGAGCCUCCGUUUUACGGAGGGUUGGUCGAUUCUGCUCUGGUCUUCAGGUCCAUAUCUACAGUUGGUAAUUAUGAUUAUAUUUGGGAUUUUAUGUUUCAUCAAAAUGGAGCUAUCGGUGUUGCGAUCCAUGCAAGUGGGUACAUUCAAUCUGCUUUUUACUUUGGUGAUGCCUUGGAAUUUGGAAACAGAGUUGAAGAGUGGACAUUGGGAACAAUUCACACUCACAACAUUAAUUUCAAGGUGGAUAUGGACAUUGGUGGUGUGAAAAAUUCCCUGGUAGCCAAUGACAUGGCUUUUGAGACAGUCAAGGCCCCUUGGAGCCCAGAGAAUAAGAUCCACCGGAUGAAGAUAGUAAGGAAAGUCUUGGACACUGAGAACAAGGCUGCCUUCCGCCUUCACGACAACAUGCCAAGGCACAUAUAUUUUGCCGCCAACAGCACAAACAAGUGGGGCCAUAAGCAAGGCUAUCGGAUCCAGAUGGUCAGCUUUUCUGGAGACCACCUGCCAGAAACAGAUCCAAUGGAGCGAGCCAUCAGUUGGGGAAGGUACAAGCUGGCUGUCACCAAACGGAAAGAGAAGGAACCAUUUAGCACCAGUAUCUAUAACCAGAUGGACCCAUGGACACCUUCAGUGGCCUUUGCAGACUUCCUAAACAAUGAGAGCAUUAUCAAUGAGGACCUGGUUGCCUGGAUCACCGCCGGCUUCCUGCAUAUUCCACAUGCUGAGGACAUUCCCAACACUCCAACGCUUGGGAACGUGAUUGGCUUCUUUUUGAGGCCUUACAACUAUUUUGACGAUGAUCCUUCCAUGGAUUCUCCAGACAGCGUUUUCUUCAGCAGCCAGCAGGACCCCACAUCCUGCGACGUCAACUACCUCGCCUGUGUGCCAAAAACAGCUGCGUGCUUGCCCAGCUUCCCACCUUUCACUUAUGAGGGCUUCCAAAACAUGACGGUGCUCUGAUGCCUUCUAAUUAUGGGUGGGGAUGUUUUGAGUUAGGGAGAGGGUGGGUGGCUGCUGAACAGCUCAGCAUGAAAUCUGUGUAUACCAAGAGCAGCGAAUCCCAGCUCCAUCCAGUGUCUUUGAAACCCAAAUCUUAAGCCUUGCUUCCACACAUUGCACAUGUUUGCUAGUUUCAUUUGCAAGAAUCUUUUGCCUGGACACUGUGCUGGGCAGACAAUUAGAUCACCAUGCAUUUUACAUCGCUUGCUGUUUGCCACACAAAGCUGCAGUGUGCCUGCGGCUGUGAUAGCACAAGUGACCAUAUUUGCCUAGCAGACUAUCAAUUUACGAUGCCAUUUGCCUUCCAGUAAACUCAAGCCUAUUACCAAGAAAUUUAGUAUGUGGCUGCUCACAAAUGGCCUGUCAGGAAGAUUUAUGCACAUCAGUUCUGCCAGUGUCAAUCCAAAACUAGAUCUGUUUAGCAAAAAGCAGGGAUAGGGUAGGAGGAAAUUGAAGUCAAAAGCUAAGCAGUACAUUGGGUUAUUCUUUUUAAUACACCUGAAUUAUAUGUAAUUUUUUAAUUUGAUAUUUCUGCAAGUAGCAGUACUGAUUAUUGUUUUAAUGGAAGCACACCUCCAAAACUCAAUAAAUUUGGUGUCUUUGGCACCGUUUUGCUGAA